UCGAUGAACUAAUAGAUCCACUGAUGGAAGAGAAUACAGGUGCUCAAGGAUUGCAGGUGGAUGCGUGUGUUGUACUUGCGCUGAGAUGUUGCGCAGAGAGUAAUGAAGACAGACCAAAGAUGAUUCAGAGGGAGAUUCCAGAGGGAGACUCGGGCGUACAAGACAUCUGCGGGACAACAGGCUUUGUGGAGACUCAGUAUAGCGGAACAGGUUUUGUCAACGAGAAUGUUGACAUCUAUAACCUUAGUGCGGAUGACGACAUUCCUGAUCAUUCAAAACUGCAAAUGGAAGCAUUUGUUGAUCUUGCUUUGAGAUGUGUUAGAUUCAGACCUGGAGAAACCAAGCUUCAUAUGAUAGAUGUUGCAAAAUAUUUUGCAAAUAUUGUCCUUGACGAAAAUUGGUCUGUCAAGCUCUCUUCUUUUAGCCUCAGCAUACUGAAUCCAGAGGGAGAAACAGGCGUAAAUGACAUGGUUUGCAGGACAUCACGCUAUAUCGAGCCUGAUUACUUUAAUACAGGUUUGGUCACCGAGAAUGUCGACAUCUAUAGCCUUGGGAUCAUCAUGCUAGUUCUUUUGACAGGAAAGUCUGAAUAUAAUUCCGAAGUCGCUGUUUAUCUUCCUGUAUUGCCUGUGUAUGUUGGGAAGUUUACGGAGCGAGGUUUGUCGACUGCAACUGAUAGACCUGUCGAUGUUGGACAGUGCGAGUGACGACAUUCCUCAGCAUUCAAGACUGCAAAUGGAAGCGUUCAUUGAGCUUGCUUUUAGAUGUGUAAGAUUUAGACCAGGAGAGAACGUGCCUCGUAUGAUAGACAUCACAAAAGAACUCAAGAAGAUAGAAAAACAAUCCUGACGCCACAAACUUUUUUUGUGAGACUCGAAACAAAUCUAUCUCUUAUGCAGUCUUAGUAGUGAAAAGUUAUUAUGAUCUUCUCAUUUUCGAGCUUUCUUUCACGAUUUCUCUUGUAUUAAAGAUUCUGAGUUUCU